ACUAACACCUCUCAAUUACUUCUCGCAAGGUCACCGAGAAAGAUGAAUGUCUCUCUGGGGCUUUUCCUCCUCGGCUUCUACUUCGUGUUGGAGAGCAGCGAGUGCAGACCCAGCUCGCCUUGUCUGUACCCCCCGGCGCAGUGGUGCCGCUCCGCGGAGAAAUGCGGGGUACAGAAGCACUGCUUUGAGCAGAAGGCUGACGGGCUGAACCAAACUGACUCUCCAGUGGAGGUGGCUCUGUACUACGAGAGCUUGUGUCCCGGCUGCCGGCAGUUCCUGGUGUUGCAGUUGUAUCCCACUUUGCUGAUGCUCCAUGACAUCAUGGCAGUCAGUCUGGUGCCUUUUGGCAAUGCACAGGAAUCGGGUCAGAAGCCACCCUAUACGUUCACUUGUCAACACGGUGAAGACGAGUGUCUGGGAAACAUGAUUGAGGCCUGCAUUAUGAAUUUAACCCAGUUUUCCUUUCCAAUAAUCUACUGCAUGGAAUCGUCUGAAGAUGUUAUCAAGUCUGCCCAAGUCUGUUUUCAACUUUAUGAGUCAAAAGUGGACUGGAACACUGUCAUGACCUGUGUCAAGGGAGACCUGGGAAACCAGCUGAUGCAUGCGAAUGCACUGAUGACGCAGGCGCUCAACCCGCCCCACCAAUACGUGCCCUGGGUGACCAUCAACGGGGAACACACUGAUGACCUGGAGCAAAAGGCAACCUCGUCUCUUUUCAUGCUGGUCUGCAGUUUGUACAAGGGUGCGAAGCCAGCUGCUUGUACUGGAGCUGCCAAGAAAGUGGACAGAAGCUAUCUUUGAUAUGGGAUUUCAGUGCUUCAGACCCCUACUGGGAUGUCAGCUGCAGUCUUUUAAGGAGUCGUCAAAGUUAUCAAUUUCAAACAGUUUUAGAAAAAAAUGUAUUAAUUGCAUUUAACUACUAUUUUCCUAUGUCUGAGCAAUUUUUUUUUAAAUUUUAAUCCGCCACUACUCAUCACAUGACUAUAUACCAACCUUUAGACAUUAAAUACUUGGGCAUACGUACCUCUGAAAGGAGUGUGCAUAUGAACAUUGUGGGAAAUGCACUACUGCCGUGAUGUAAGACUUUCUGACAGAUGUACAUAUCUAUUAUCUUGUCUGAUGUUUUUACGUUUGCAGGACAAGAUCAUGUGGUUUUGGAAUGCAAUGGCAGUUAAAUUUUUUUUUAAUGACAUGAACAUUAUUCAAGUGAUUUCUCAAAAAUAUGAAUACUUUUGAAAAGAUUUUGUAAUACAGUUGCUGAAUUCUUUA